AGCUCAGCUUCCAAAACACGUCAUUAACUUGAAGCGAAACUAGGAGGGGUUUGUGUAAGGUCUCAACAGGCUGUUUAUCGAGAGUGCAGCUUCUUGUUUUACCGUCUGUUUCUGCAGAAGGACUAAACUAAAAAUGUAUGAAUUAGAAAAGGAAAACUUAAAGAGGUUCAACAGUUAUAUUGUCAAAAUACUCCGCCCUUCCUACAUCAAGGAAUUUAUGGUGGAUUAUCUCCGUCCAGAGAAAGCAGAGCAGAUUAUAUCAGAAGAGGGUAUAUCUGUCACAAGCGCUGCAGAAAUGCUCAUGAGGAGCCUGUGGACACUGGACCAGGAUGGGUGGUUUGUGGCCUUUCUGAAUACACUGAGGGCAGAAGGUUACACUGGACUUUAUGAGGCGAUUAAAGAAUGGGACUUUAAAAACAUUGACAGUAUGGAACCUUUUAAGCAUCUGUUGGAUCGUAUUGAACAGUCUUUCACUAAACAGAUAAAGCCGACAGAAAUGAUCAACCACAUGAAGGACUGCCUCCUUGCCCGUGAAUGUGAGGAGAUCAUGGCAAUCAGUCUUCAAAAAGGGAACAUUGCUGGAGCUCAAAAGUUUACUGAAUGCUUGAAAAGGUCAGACAAAUCCAACUGGUACAAGACCCUGACGCUAGCGCUGCAAAACUGCAAUUACAUGGUUGCCUACGAGUUACUAGAUGAUACGGAAAAUGAAAAGGCAGCAGAUGACAGUGAGGCAAAUGAAGGUGAAGCCACCGUUCGCUUUGAGUACAGAGAAGAAGCUGACGUGGACUGCCUAAGUGGAAACUUUAAUGGACAGCCAGGAACGAGUAACAGCAGCUCCCUGGCUGAAUCCCGUGCAAGGAGGAAGCUGAGGAAGUACCAGGAGGAGCUGGCAGUGCCGGCUUUUAACGGGGAAAACACAAUCAUCUGCGCUCCAACAGGCUGUGGAAAGACAGUUGUGGCUCUUGCCAUCUGCGAAAAUCACCUGAAAGCUAAACAUGAACGGAAGCCUAAGAUUGUCUUCAUGGCCACAAAGGUGGAUGUGUAUGAACAGCAAUACGCACUGUUCCGCAGUCAUUUUAUGGAUGGAAAUGAAGAAGUUCAGGUUGCAGGUCUCUGCGGUGACACAGGAGAUCAUAUUCCCGUGGGAAUGAUUAUACAAAACAAUGACAUCAUUGUACUGACGCCCCAGAUUUUGGUAAAUGCUAUUAAAACUAGAGAGGUGCUAUCACUGUCUCUCUUCACUCUCCUGAUAUUUGAUGAAUGCCACAAUACCACUGGAAAGCAUGCCUACAAUAUCCUUAUGACCAACUACCUGGACUGCAAAAUAGAUAAAAAGAAUGGACCGCUGCCUCAGAUUGUUGGGCUGACAGCUUCAGUUGGAAUAGGAAGUUUCAAGAAUGAAGAUGAAGCAGCUCAUAAUAUAUGUCAGCUGUGUGCAAACCUGGAUGUGAGGGUCAUUUCAACUGUGAAGGAAAACCAGGAGGAACUUACAUCAUUUGUAAAUAUCCCUGAAAAAGUUUUCUUCCAAGUGGAAAAACGGACCAGUGACCCCUUCAUUUCCAUCAUUUGUAGAAUAAUGUCUAACAUUGAAGGCCUUGCCAGGAAUCUUUAUAACAUAGACUCCCUGUCAAACAUUCAGACCCGGGAUUAUGGGACACAGAAGUAUGAACAGUGGAUCGUAGAUGUGCAGAAAAGGUGUAAAGUUCUGCAGCUGUCGGACAAAAAGGAAGAGAGCAGAGUUUGCCGAGCUCUUUUCAAUUACACUGAACACUUAAGGAAAUAUAAUGAUGCCCUUAUCAUUAAUGAAGAUGCACGGACAAAAGAUGCACUGGUUUACUUGGAAGCGUUUUUUGACCAAGUCAGGAAUGCAGGAUUUGAUGAAACAGAGCAGAAGAUAACAGCUUUUUUUGAUGCUGAGCACAAACAUCUGGUCCAGCUCUCGAACUGCGAACGUGAAGAGAAUCCCAAGCUGAAGGAGCUGAAGUACAUCCUGGAUGAGGAGUACAGGAACAAUGAUCAAACACGGACGGUGCUCUUUGUCCGGACUAGAGCGCUGGCAGAAGCUUUGAAAAACUGGAUCGAUGAAAACGACACUUUGAAGUUCCUGAAACCGGGGGUGUUAAUAGGUCGCGGAAAGAGAUCUCAGCAAACAGGGAUGACAUUGACAUCCAAGAAAGGCCUUCUGGAUUCCUUUAAAAGUUCUGAUCAAAGUAAGGUACUGAUCGCCACCUCCGUAGCCGAUGAAGGGAUUGAUAUUCCACAGUGCAACCUGGUACUCAUGUAUGAGUAUGUUGGCAAUGUGGUCAAGAUGGUUCAAGUCAGAGGUCGUGGAAGAGCACAGGGCAGCAAGUGUAUCCUUGUUUCAAGUGAAAAAGCACGCAUCGAGAAGGAACAGUUAAAUAUAUUCCGGGAAAAGAUUAUGGACAAAGCUGUCAAUAACUUACAGCUAUCUAGAGAGGCCAUGCUUCGUAAGAUUGAUAUUCUUCAAAGAGAAGACAAGAAAAUACGGGAUUAUAUCAAUUCAGCCCCACAAAUGCCCAGAACAAGUGAAAGCUUUGAACUCCUUUGCUCAAAAUGCAAGAGCAUGAUGUGUUUUUCUGAUGAUUUGAGAGUACUACGGGAGUCACACCACGUCGUUCUGAACAAAAGAUUUUUUGAACGGUGCAUCACGAAGCCCCAUGACAAGCCCAGGACCUACGAUGGAUUUAGUAAGAAGAUGAAGAUGUUCUGCAAGAAUUGCAAGUUCGACUGGGGCAUAGUGGGCUCCUACAUGCACAUCAACGACCUGCCCGUCAUCAAAAUAGAAAGCUUCGUGGCUAAAAACUGCGUGACAAAUCGGCAGUUUUGUUUCAGAAAAUGGAGGGAUGUCACAUUCAGAAUGAAAGAAUUUGAUCUAUCAGAAAUACGUCCUGACCACUUGUCAUUAAUGAGUAACUUGCAGUUAUAGACAUCAAAUCAUGAAAAGCAAAGAUCAUUUUAAUGAAUCUUCAGGAGUUGCUCUGAUUUAACCAUUUUAAAAGCAAAGUUGUGAAGGAGCCUUGAACCUGGAAGUAGCAUGGGAUUAUACAUUUUAUGAUAGGUAAUGCCAUUGAAUCUUGAUUGACAUCACAUUUGAAUUCACACUACAAAGCAUUAUUUAACACUUUUUGCACACAGAUUGCUUUUCACCUGUGUUGUGUGCGUUACUGUUUUGCACAUGCUAGAAGUUGUUGUCGUUCCUGUAACAAAUAAUGGUAGCACUUAAAAAACACAUACAGUACAGAAAAAGACACAGCACAAUGAAGGCUCUUUGAACAUAACCUAUCUCUGAACGAUUGCCUUAUCCUUGUCUAGUGCAGGGUAUUCUCCAUUACAGAUUGUGAGUGAGGCUAUGUAAUGUCCUUAAAUGAUUUGUUUAUUUCUGGCAUUUUUUAUGAAUAGAUGUAUUUACAUUACUUUCUGCAUUUAGAUUCUGAAUAUAUAUGGUAUACUGAAGUUCUGACUGCAGAAAUGCAAGAUAACCAUAACUGAACAGUUCACUGGUCAUCUUCUAUAUGACAACUUGCGUAUUGAUCCCUGUUCUUGAUUUCUGAGGUGCUUAAUAUUUCUGUACAUCUGUACUUAGUAGCCACACUGCUGAGAGACCUUAAACAUGCUUUGGGGUUGUUUAAAAUGUAUCAUUGGAAAUCCUGCAUGAUUAAAAUUCAUGUUGAAAUAUACAUUAAAAGUCUAAACUCUCUUC